AUGAAACGUUUAUUCCUCCCACUUUUUUGCUUGUGUGUAUCUCAGUCCCUGUGUAACUUCGAGAUUAACCUUCACAACCUGGAGUUUAAUCAAAACAUAACAGUCAGGAAAUACUCAGGGUACACUUUGGAGACGUUAAUGAUCACAUCUGUUGGCAGUGAGAAAAUCAACAAGAUCUUCGACAACUGUGUGGUUAUCUGGAAUGGAGUCGGAGGCGAGGGUGUCAUUGAGAUACAUCUUCAGGAAAAGAAUGGGAAACACCUCAUGCUUGAGAUUUAUUCUGUGAAUGAAUAUCAAAUUCGUAAAGAUUAUUACUUUGUCUUCACUUCCAACUUCUGGGUCAAGACGACUUUCCUUCAGUACUGUAAUCUCCUUAGGGACUUAAGGCUUCGUUCCAAGCCUAUUUCUGAGAUUUUUUAUGCGGAAGUCGCUGAAGAGGAAUUCAAUUCCUACUCCGAAUUCGACCUUCUCUUCAGUGCCAACAACGUACCGGAGGAGGUAGAAGAGGAAUCUACGGUUACUAAAAUCUGUUGCGGCGCUAUCACCUGCUUACUAUAA